CUUCCGUAACAGCGAGUGGCAGUAGGGAGUUAUAUAAAGCUCAAAUUCCGCCCCUGCUUCAAAAUAUACCGACGAAGAAGAUUAACCAACAACAGUGCUGCACUUGCAGAGAUUCAUCUGACCCACACAGCGUGGUACAUAUAAAGCAGUGCAGUAACCACGCUGUGAAAAUGGACACAAGAGCCUUGAAGAAUCCAUAUCGAGACUAUGAUGGGAGCCCUGCCUCCACACAUGCGCUGUUUGACAGUCAGGGCAAGCUCACACCAGAGUUUGCACAGCGACUGAGUUGCAAGGUCAGCGAGCUUCUAGCUGUCAUGGAAGAUGGGCUGAAGUCUGCGGAUCCACGAGACUGCACCAUGUACACUGGCUGGGCAGGCAUUGCUCUGCUCUACUUGCACUUGCAUGAUGUAUUCAGGGACCCCACCUUCCUUCAGAGAGCUCUAGAUUAUGUCAGCUGCAGUCUGAAGUGUCUGACCCGACGUCAUGACGUCACCUUUCUGUGUGGGGAUGCAGGGCCCUUGGCCGUGGCUGCUGUAGUGUACUAUCGCCUGCAGAGGGGGCACGAGACCGACGAGUGCAUCAACAGACUGCUGCAGUAUCACCAGACUGUGGUGACAGGUUCAGGUGGGCUGCCAGAUGAGAUGCUUUAUGGGCGGAUGGGUUAUCUCUACUCACUCAUCUUCAUUAAUCAACAGCUUGGGCAGGACAGGAUCCCUCUGCAGUACAUUCAACAGAUCAGUGAGGCUGUACUGGCAUCAGGCGAACACCUCAGCAGGAAGUUCAGGAUCCAGAAUCAAAGCCCUCUGAUGUACGAGUGGUAUCAAGAGCAGUAUGUUGGUGCUGCCCAUGGCUUGGCUGGUAUUUAUUAUUUCCUCAUGCAGCCUGGCUUCGUCUCCAUGGAGGAGCAUGUGCACAGGCUGGUGAGGCCCAGCGUUGACCACGUCUGUCGCCUUAAGUUCCCCUCGGGAAACUACCCACCAUGCAUUGGGGACGAUCGAGACCUACUGGUGCACUGGUGCCACGGGUCACCAGGGGUGAUCUAUAUGCUCUUGCAAGCUCACAAGGUCUUCGGUGCCUCCCAUUACCUGGCAGAUGCCCUGCAGUGUGGAGAGGUGGUCUGGAGGUUUGGGCUGCUGAAAAAGGGCUAUGGGCUGUGUCACGGCGCAGCGGGUAACGCGUACGCUUUCCUGGCUCUCUACAGGCAAACCAUGGACCCCAAGCACCUUUACAGAGCAUGCAUGUUUGCAGACUGGUGUAUGAACUAUGGCAAACAUGGAUGCCGAACACCAGACACUCCCUUCUCACUUUUUGAAGGGAUGGCCGGCACCAUCUACUUCCUGGCCGACCUCCUGCAGCCAUUAAAAACAAGGUUUCCUGCCUUUGAGGUAUAAACGUUUCCCCACAGGUAAUGCUCACGAUUUCCCCUCAACCACGCUCACUGCAAAGGAUGUUAGCACGAAAAGGCCCGUUCUCCCGCUUUGGACAUCAUGCCAUGCUUUCUUGCUAUGUUCUACAGCAAAACCUAUAAUUGUUGUGACUAAAUAUGAAAGGUGAGGCCUCUGCAGUUUGCAUAUCUUAGUUCUGCUAAUUUUUGAUGUCUUCAAGGUGACAAAAACAAAAAAAGAAAUUAACAUAAACAUACAGUGAUUAUACUGUAAAAUAAUGGGACAGCUAAAUAAUAUUUUGUUAUCAGAUAACAGGUGUAUAUUUGUAAACGCCGUGUUGCUUAAGCUAUAAGAAAGAGAUGUUUCUUUUUUUGUUUUUUGUUUGUUUCAUUGAAUUUUAACCUACAGUAAUAAAAAGCAAGCUGUGUAAUGUGUCAAGGACAAAAACCCAGAGCGUCAACUGUUGUCUGUCUGUCCUUCACGCUGUCUGAGCAAUAAACCACUUUUUUACA